AUGAAGGCGUCCUUCCUCAUCCUAGCUCUCGCGCUCUUCGGCGCCAGUGUACCCACCUCUGCUAAGCAUGAUUUUGAGCGUCGAGCAGCGCACCACUCCAAACAUCAUGUCGAAGCUCGCUCUCAGCAUGCAUGGCUCGGCUCGGCAGAGAUCAGCCAAGGCUCUCUUCAAGAGGCUAAAUUGGACACUUUCCGCGGUGACGAGUCCGUUCUGAAAGGCUGGAAUGGAGCCAAGAUGAAGGAAGAAUCUGCCAACGCUGAAAUUAAUGCUGAGGCAAAAGCAAGCAGCAAGAAGAACAACGCAGCCCACGCUUCUGCUACUGCCGACGCUCAGACUGAAGGCUCGGCUAGCGCUGGCAUUGCAGGUGACCAACAAGACCACAAAGGAAAGGCGGGUCUCAUUCAGAACGUUGGCCGCAACCGCAGGUGGAAAACUGCCAUUGCAAAGGCAAAGGAUGCUGUGGGCAAGCUUACUCUCGAGGAGCGAGUUGCUCUCAUGACUGGUGAGCGCUGCAUUGUGCCGGGAGGACGCUUCGUUCGAAUGUGCUUUGUAGCACCUCGCUAGGCCUCAGCUCACUCAUACCUCGUCCGUUUGCAUGCUGUGGAAAGGUGUCGGUUGGGAGCGUGGUCCGCUACCCAGAUGUGUGGGAAACAUUGCCCCCCAGAAGAAGAUCGGCUUCGAGGGCCUUUGUCUUCAAGACUCGCCCGUCGGUGUGCGUUUCGCAGGUAAGUCGCCCUUUCUAAAGCUGGAAAAGUUCCGCAAUCUCAGUCACGAGGCAAAGCCGUCGGGAAGUGCGAUUUAGGUGGCAAGGUCGACCUGCGAUCCAUGCUGACAUCUUUUGGUGGUGCGGGUCUCUCAGACCUGGUCACUCCUUUCCCGACCGGCAUCACCACAGCUGCCACUUUCAGCAAGGAGUUGGCCUACAAACGUGGUGUGGCUCAAGGGCAGCAAGCUCGGGCCAAAGGUGUCUCCAUCCUCCUGGGCCCUGGCUUGAACUUUGGACGCGCGCCUGCUGCGGGAAGGAAUUGGGAGUACGGCGGAGAGGACCCCUACGUGAUCGGUGUGGCAGGCGCACAGAACAUCAAGGGCAUACAGUCCCAGCAUGUUCAAGCGUGUGCCAAGCACUUCGUACUAAAUGACCAGGAAACGCUCCGCAACACCUACUCGAGCAAUGUAGACGAGCGCUCGUAAGUUCAAACGCGGGAGUGCUCUCGUGUGGGAGAGGCGUGUGGCUCAUUUCCCCAUUCCCUCAGUCUCUACGAGCUGUACCUUCACCCCUUCAAGGAUGCUGUUGAGGCAGACACCGCCACAGUCAUGGCGUCUUAUAACAGGUGUGUACCAAGUGCUCUGGUCUUUUGAAACCGAGCGGGGAAAAGACUGAGCAGCUGAAGUGCGGUCCCCUUUCGCUACGAACGACAGAAUCAACGAGACUUGGGCGACAGAGAAUCCGGAGCUCCUUGGCAAUAUCCUGAAGUACAGGCUGGGCCACAAUGGAGCUACCAUCAGCGAUUGGGGAGCACAGCACAACAACGUAGAGUCGGCAAACGGCUAUCUGGACAUGGCUCAACCGGGACAGACAGCAUGCUGCGACAAGAGCAUCGGCACCUACUUCUGGAACGAGAAUCUGGUCGCUGCUGUGAACAAUGGCUCUGUUCCUGCCGUCCGAGUGGCCGACGCAGCGGAGCGUGUGCUGGCGGGCUACUACCUGCUGGACCAGGACCAGCCUCAUCCCAAACCCAACUUCGAUUCGUUCGACCCACUCGACCCGAGCAAUCAACACGUCAAUGUGAUCAAACCGGAACACGUUCAAGUUGCACGCGAAGUUGCAGCUGCUGGUACCGUUCUGCUCCAGAACAAGAAGAAGACACUUCCUUUGGAUGUCAAGAAGCUGAGGAAGCUCGCGGUGAUCGGACCUCAAGCGGGCCCGGCCAUCAAUGGUGCCAACGCUUUUGGCGACCGUGGUGGAGUCGACGGCUACCUCGGCAUGGGUUGGGGCUCAGGUGAGUCUCUCGCGCCCUUGCUAUCAAAGUUGGCAUACAAGGUCUGACUCCGUUCAUUUCUCGCGUGCCCGUAGGUACUGCGGAGUACCCCUUCCUAGUCGAUCCCCUCAACGAGCUCAAUCAGCUCGCACGCAAGACGCCCUUCGGACUGUACUGGAGUCUCAACGCCACGGACUACGACCGCAUCCCCAAGGUGGCAGAUGAAAGACUGGGCGUCGACGCUGCCUUGGUUUUUGUCUACGCCGACAGCGGUGAAGGCUACAUCUCUCUCGAGAAUGGCGUCACUGGUGACCGUUCCAACUUGACGUUCUGGAACACCGGCCCAGAGCUCAUCAAGCGCACUGCCGCUGUCAACAGGUAUGUAGAAUCAGGAAUCGCUUUGAGAGUGAGAUCGAUAAGUGACGAGCUCGUCGCGCUGCCAACAGCAACACGAUUGUGAUUGUCCAGUCGCCAGACGCCAACGACUACGAAGAUGUCAUCUCGAACCCCAACGUGACCGCGAUCAUUUGGUCUGGCAUGGGCGGAGAAGAGGGUGGCAGCGCCCUUGUUGACGUGCUCACUGGCAAGACCAACCCAUCCGGACGUCUUCCAUUCACGAUUGCAAAGAAGAGAUCCGAUUACUCAGCCGACGUCAACUAUUUCCCAGGUCUCUCCGACACGCCUGCAUCUUUCGACCAGGCUCAACUACCCUACACUGAGAAGCUUGAGGUGAGCGAUCGAUACCAGUAAACGCUCCUGGCACCCUUUGCUCAACGUUGCCGCUCAAUUCCAAUCACGCUCUUAACAGGUCGGUUACCGCCACUUUGACGCCAAAAAUAUCGAGCCCAGAUUCGCGUUUGGGCACGGUCUGAGCUACACCUCCUUCAAGUACUCUGGCGGUCGUGGCAAAUGGCUCGACCAAAAGGAAUGGAACUCCCGCGCUUGGUCGUGGCCUACUCCGAAGUGGAUCAAUGAGCCCGUGAGAAUCGCAGACCCUGUUUGCUCAUGCGUUGACAGGUGUCCCAUUUGCUGAAUCGACGUCUCAUUUAUUGUGCAUGUCUAGGUGUAUGAGGUGUCCUUUACCGUGCAGAACAGCGGAGGACGUGACGGCCACGAAGUGCCUCAAGUUUACCUGUCCUUCCCAGCAGCCGCAGGCGAGCCGCCGAAGGUCCUUCGUCUCUUUGACCGGGUACCUAUUCCAGCUGGUCAAUCCAAGCACAUCACCUGGCAACUGACGAGGUACGACCUGUCCAUCUGGUCGACCGAGAAGCAACGCUGGAUACACCCGGCCGGCGACUACAAGCUUCAAAUUGGAGCUUCUUCGCGCGAUAUCAGAUUGAACGUCGACUUCAAGAGCGCAGCUUGA